AGAGCUGUUUUGGUUUGUGAUACAAGAGACGAGGUGCUGGCUGUCUAUGCCUUUCACCCAUCGGUAGCUCUCCUCCUGUCCCUGCCUCUAUGCACACGCACUGCCAGGCAUAGUCUUCCUCCCUCUCUCUGUGUGUGUGUGUGUCUCUCUCUCGCUUCAGCUCCUAAAACGUAAGAUGCAUCGGAUAUAAAAACACGCGCAUACACACACACACACAUCAACAAGCCAUGGGGAAAGAUCAGGAAUUACUGCAAGCUGUCAAAACCGAAGAUGUAGCUGCAGUGCAGAAGCUGUUGCAAAGGCCGAAACAAGGCAAAGCGAAGCUGUUAGGAUCUGCCAAGAGAGUGAAUGUGAACUUUCAAGAUCUGGAUGGAUUUUCUGCUCUGCACCAUGCUGCACUCAAUGGGAACACUGAGCUCAUCUCCCUAUUGAUUGAAGCCCAGGCUACUGUGGAUAUCAAGGACAAUAAAGCUAUGAGGCCGUUGCACUAUGCUGCGUGGCAAGGGAAGGCUGAGCCAAUGAAAAUGCUCCUGAAGGCAGGGUCAAGUCUCAACUCCCAAUCAGACGAAGGCCAAAUCCCAUUGCACCUUGCUGCACAGCACGGACACUAUGAAGUGUCUGAGAUGCUUUUGCAACAUCAGUCAAACCCGUGUAUCGUGGACAUUGCUGGCAAGACACCCUUGGACCUGGCCUGUGAAUUUGGCAGAGUUGGGGUGGUACAGUUACUCCUAAGCAGCAACAUGUGUGCUGCUCUGCUUGAAGCAAAGCCUGGGGAUAUCACCGAUCCCAAUGGAACCAGCCCACUACAUCUGGCUGCCAAGAACGGACAUAUCGACAUAAUAAGGCUUCUGCUCCAGGCUGGAAUUGAUAUCAAUCGUCAGACAAAGGCUGGAACAGCUUUACAUGAAGCUGCGCUCUGUGGGAAGACUGAUGUGGUUCGCUUGCUACUGGAAAGCGGGAUUAAUGCACACAUCAAGAACACUUACAAUCAGACGGCCCUGGACAUUGUUCAUCAAUUCACAGCAACACAAGCUAGUAAAGAGAUUAAGCAAAUGCUCAGAGAUGCUUCUGCUGCCCUGCAGGUCAGGGCUGUGAAGGACUACUGUAACAAUUAUGACCUGACCAGCCUUAAUGUCAAAACAGGGGAUGUUAUUACAGUUCUGGAGCAGCAUCCUGACGGGAGGUGGAAAGGCUGUAUCCAUGACAACAGAACUGGCAAUGACAGAGUGGGCUAUUUCCCAUCAUCUAUUGCGGAGGUGAUUAACAAGAGAUCAGGUUCUUGGGACGCAGUUAUUUAUGCCCACAGUUGUCAGCAAUAUCACAAGAUACAGCUCACGGCCUAUGGCACUGCAAUAGUCAAUGGUGACUCCUCUCAUCACUUUAAUUCCCUGCCACCACCCCCUCCACCUCCACCUUUCAAUCAUCAGCCACUUUUCAGUUCCUUUGGUUAUCACAGAGCCAAUAGCAGUAUAGAAGAAUUACCCCAUGGACAAGGUUCCCGCGGUUCUGAGUCAAGUCCUUCCCACCUGUCUCCAGUGCAACCAGUCACGACCACGCCUGAGGAGAUCUGGGUGCUACGGAAACCAUUUGCAGGUGGGGACCGCAGCAGUGCGGGGAGCACAGGAAGCGUGGCCACUGUUCGGAGCUCAGGAAGUGGACAGAGUGCAGGGGGUGCUGCUACAGCCCCAGUUCCUGAGGGGAGUAAGUUUCUGCCAACAGUGCUAACUCAGAAGGGAUCGGCACCAGAGACGACAGGAGGUGAAGGAGUUACCAAAUCAGAGCAGCCUGCAGGAGCUGCCCAGCCGCAGAGCGGAUCCAGCUGCCCAUUGGGAGGACAACCAUACAGUGAACCACAGCUGAAGAAGGCUGACACACAGUCAGAAACGAAGAGCCCAGAGACAGUUUAUAACUGGCUUAGUGAAUUCCAACUCCAGCAGUAUGCUGCUAACUUUGUCAAUGCUGGCUAUGACAUUCCAACUAUCAGCCGCAUGACCCCUGAGGACCUAACAGCAAUUGGAGUAACAAAACCUGGACAUAGGAAAAAGAUUGCCAUUGAAAUAAAUCGACUGAAUCUCUCAGAGUGGUUGCCCAACUACCAACCAAAUGACCUGAUGGAAUGGCUCUCCAUCAUUGGCCUGGCACAAUAUUACAAGACACUUGUGGAGAACGGUUAUGAAAACAUCGAGUUCAUCACUGACGUCACCUGGGAGGACCUCCAGGAAAUUGGCAUCACAAAGUUGGGUCAUCAAAAGAAGUUCAUGCUCGCUGUGAAGAAACUGGCAGAAAUCCAGCGAGCCACCCGCUAUGAGCCUGGCACCUUGAAGAAGAAAGCCCCACAGUCAUUGGAGAUUGUGGCUAUAGACUCUCCUCAAGGUGAAAAUGCUGAAUGCCAGUCCCCCAAGAUGUCUACCUUCCAGGACAGCGAACUGACCAAUGAGCUGCAAGCUGCCAUGACCAGUGCUGGAGACGCGAAGGACAGCCUUGAGCCGAAACAAGCCAACCACACUGUGCCUGCUGUAGAGGGCACUGCCUACCAAGCAGAAGGGGCCACCCAGGAGAGUGACAACAGCAGCGGUGCCAAGGUGAAGCUGAAUGGCACCGCUCAGGACGUAGCGGGAGGAGGGAGCAAGCUACAAAAGGCAGCCCUGUCCAAAAGCCAGGAAAACCUCGAUAGCCCGAGCCAACGAUCGAUCGUCAUGGAAGCAGUUGGUCCCACGCGGCGCAGCCAUCGACAAGGGGUUCAAAGAGCAAGCAUACCACCAGCGCCUGGCAAGCCAAGAGAGUCCUUCUCUCACGCUCAUCAAGCGCUGGUCUCGAUGUCAACAUUCACCCCACCACAGACGCCCACAAAACCCAGGCCUUCCUCUCCGCAGACCCUCAAUGUCCCUCAGGCCACGGCCAAAGUGAAGCCCAUCCCUCAGCUCCUGCAGACGGACAGGCCCAUGUCCCCGAGGUCUCUGCCGCAGUCGCCCACUCACCGAGGCUUUGCCUAUGUCGUGCCGCAGCCCGUGGAAGGUGAGGGGUCGGUUGGGCCCGGCCACACAUCGAGCCCACUGGCCCAGGCCGUCCCCGUUCUGCCAGUUUCUGUCCCUGUUCUCUGCCUCCCUCCGCACGCCAACGAUUCCGAGGGAGACCUCUCGAGACCGAAGAAGCGAGCGCACAGCGUGAGCCGCUACGCCGUGUCUGACAGUGAGCAGGAGAAGGACGAGCUGGCCUUGCCUGACACAGGCCCAUAUGCCACCAUCCAGAGGCACGUGGCCCGCAGCCACUCGGUGAGGGCGCACUCGGCCGCCGACAAAAACGUCAACCGCAGCCAGUCAUUUGCGCUGAGGCCGAAGAAGAAAGGGCCGCCGCCACCACCACCCAAACGGUCCAGCUCAGCCAUUUCCAGCACCAACCUCGGUGACGACUUGCCAAAGGAGAAGGAGGCGGGCAGCCUCAAGGACCCCGACGCCAAGGCCAGGCUCAAGGAGCAGCGGAGGGCCAGCGAUUUUGGGGGGACCGUGGAGACGGGGAGCGCCGGCAGCGUGAAGAGCAUCGCUGCCAUGUUGGAGAUGUCAUCCAUCGGCGGCGGCGCCCGAGCCCUCACCCUUCACCGGUCGUUCAAGACAGAGAGGGGCCCCGGCGGCUCCUAUGGCCCGAUGGCACAGCCGGCCAGCUCGGAACAUUCCAGAGUCGCCACCAUUCUGGCCACUGUGAAGCGCGGGCCUCUCGACAGGUCCCGGGACGCGAUCGGGCUGGACGGUGAGGUCAUCAACCGGAGGCGGACCAUCAGUGGGCCCGUCACAGGCCUGAUCGCGGCUGCCAGGAAGGAGAAGGCCGACAGUGGCCCGCCUCCUGGGCCUGAGGCCGAGGUGCCCGUGGACAGGCUUCAGGUGGGUCCGACUGGAUCGUCCAGGAACAGUUCCUCAGAGAAUCUGCCGUUCGCCGAGGAAGGAAACCUGACCAUCAAGCAACGGCCUCGCCAGCCUUUGAAAACUGAUGGCGCGGAAUGUCUACCCCAUCUCCAGGUCAACUCCGAGCUUGUGAAGCAACAGUAUUCCGGCUUCACUGCGUUCGAACUCGCAAGCACACUGAAACGGAAAGGGAAGCCCAGGCCAACACAGCAGCAAGAGGUCACGGCCUUCCAUUUAACCGAGUCAAAUACUGUCAAAAGGCGUCCAAAAACCAGGGAGAAGGAUCAAUUGGAAUCUCCUCAGGAGGCCCAUCACCAUGCAAUGCUUCACAAUGGCACAGGAACAGUUAAAAGAAGGCCGGUGUCAGACAUGACAGGAGGAGAGACGUAUCCGAGCUUCUUGACUGUAGGAGAGAUCCCCCGAAGAAACAGCGGAGAGCAUGCCUCCCAGUUUUCAGACGGGGAGACGAAAAGACCUGUUAAGCCACCAGUGUCUCCAAAACCUUCCCUUACUCAGUCAACAGGUGUAAAAAGACAUGGACCGUCAGCAGCCAAUGCCAAGAAGUCUCCGUUGCCCGGUCCCGGGAGCCCAGAAGUGAAACGCGCUCCACCCCCUGUCUCCCCGAAACCAAUCCUACCUCCCCCUCUGACCCCUCCCAAACCCAUCAAACCCCAGACCAUUCUGCAGUCCUUGAGUGCAGGCCCCACCCCUGUCCCUUCUCCUGCCAAGCAACCAACCAUCAAAGCAGCAAGCACACCACCGUCCCUGUGUUCGAGCCCAGCUAAACCCAUCACCGGAGCUCAGCCCCAACAGGUCCCGGUCAAGCCACCAAGGUCCUCGAUAGCUGGCUCUUCCACAGAGAUGGCCACGACAGAAGUAGCACAACUGAAGCUGGAGGAGACCAGCGCUUCACUGGCAGCAGCUCUACAGGCUGUGGAGGAGAAGAUCAAACAUGACGAGGGCCAGGAAGCAAAGGCCACAUCUGAAGUUAAGAGCGCAGGCAGCAUUCUAGACGACAUCGGCAGCAUGUUUGACGAUUUGGCUGACCAACUGGAUGCCAUGUUAGAAUGAAGGAGAAGCAGUAAACAGCAAGAAAACCUCAGGACUCAAAGUGGGCACAGUGAUCUUUAAAAUCCUAUCCAGACCAGUCUCAGACUCAAUUCCCCUCGAUGAACCCAUUUUUUUGUUUUGCGUUUGUACAAUUUGAAUGAAAAACAAACAAAGCAAAAACCCAAUUUGAUUACCUCAGGAUCUGCGAAGAUCUGCAGGAUUCAAUUUACUGACAGCACAUUUCAACCAAAACAGUAAUAAAAUGGCUAAUGAUUCAGGAUCUACAGCAGACAGAGAUGAUGCAAGGUUAAAUCGUUAUAACAUUAGAUCUGAGAUCCUGCAAACACAAGGAUCUUUAAAUUCUUAAAUACUUUUUUUUUAAACAAGGUGUUAAUGUGAGAUGUAUAUGUACACUGUAAGCAUGAGAAAUAAGAUAGGUUUGUAAACAUUCAUCAGAGAUGAUGGAGAUGGCACACAAGGACAUGGUUAAAUUUCGAGCUGUUUUUUAAUCCCCUGAAUGCAAUGACAGUGACAAGAGGCUCACGGGAUUUGGGCUGGGCUGCUUUUUUAAUUAUGUUUCACGUUUAAUAGUAUUAGUAAUUUUGUCAAUUAGUGGUCACACAGAGAGUGUAAACAGAACAAUGCUGGAAAUGCUCAGUAUCUAUGGGGUGAAGAAAACCAGACCAACAAUUCAGGUCAAUGACCUUUCAUUAGAACUGGCAUGGGCGACUCAGCAAUUCUUCAAGGGUUAGAUGAAGGUACGAUGUUUAUGUAACAACACUUGAUUGUUCAGGAGAAGGAGGAAUUUACACAUGAGCAGAGGAACUGAGCCACUGUAUGGUUUAGUGUGUAAGUGCUCCAUGCAGCUGUCUCGGGAGUAACAGCUUUACUGUAGCUUCCCUGGCCCAGAAAAGUCAACUGUUCAGUCGGGUUUCCAGCUCCUUAUGAGUAUCUGGUCUCUACUGUUGCAAAAUGUCCAUGUCACACCUUUGUGGGCAAUAAUCACCAAUCUUGCUGCAGUGAGAUAGAUAGCCACCAAUCAAGGCCCAGGUUCGCAGUUGAAUAAUGACCAGUUGGGAAUGUGUCAGAGGACUUUUGACCAAUGAAUCAGCCCCUUCAGGGAUACAAAUCAAUCUCACAACAAGGUGCAAUAAUCUAAAAUGACGACGUUCAAAUGAAUAAUUUAUUUCCUGGCUAUCAUGUUGUUUAAUUAGAAUUCAAGCUUUUUGUUUAGGAGGUGAGGAAGAAUAGUGCGGAUUAAAACAUCUGAAAAUAAAGCAUAUUAAUUCUUGAUUCAAAUGGAAAAAAAAUACAAUUGAAUUUCACAUUGACAGAGAGACAAAUUUUUUGGUGAUAGAGGACAAGGUUUCUCAAAUGUCAGUCACACUUUCUGCCACCUCCUUGUGAAGGCAGGAUUGAGGUGAAAGUUGGACUUGAUGACGUCACCAAUUGUCAAGACAGCUAGAAUAAAGCCCUUGAUUCAAGGCAAACUAUUGCUGGGGGCGUUCAGUCAGAAUGCAGUCAUUCUCAUUCGCUCUAACGGUUAGUCCAGUGUUUUGUACUUAUGAGUGUUCCUUUUUCCCUCACGAGUUUGUCUCAUUCAAGAGUUUAGAAUUGAAUAAUUUCAAUUCCAUUCUCUUGAAUAUUUUGUUAGCUGUGUAAAAUAUUCAUACAAAUGCUAUAAAGGGUGCGAGCUAGAAGAGAGCAAUUUGAAUUCCAUCAAUUUUCUUCUUCUGGGUUUUGUUGCAUUCUUGGUGAGUAGCAGAUUUUAAGAAGGAAAGAACUUGCACAAAUAUAAUAUUUUCAUAUCCUCAGACCAUUGCACUGUCUACAGCCAUUUAGGUACAUUUGAAAUGUAGAGAAUGCUGUAACGUGUGCAAUGUGGUAUUUGUAUUUAUAUACAGGAAGCUCCCAGCAACAAAACAAGUGACCAAAUCAUCCUUUUUUAGUGCAUGGGUGAGUGGUCAGAACGCCAGGAAGAACUCCCCCGCUCUUCUUCAAAAUACUAUCAUGGAAUCUUCUAUAUUUAUUUGAGAGGGUGGACAGCACUUUGAACCUUUAACAUUUUGCCAGAAAGACAGCAGAGCAGCACCCACUGAACUGAGGAUGUGACAUUGGAAUAGACAUGUAGUUCAUCUGCGUUUAGUGAAUGGGAGUGCCAGGUAGAUAUUGUUUGGAACAACUCUCCUGCUCUGUGCUGAAUGGUGCCGUGCGGGAUCAUUGACAUGGCUCCUAGGGCCUUGGUUUGACAUCUGUCUGGAAUAUAGCAGCUCUGACAGGGCAGCACCCCCUCAGCACUGCACUGGGAGUUCCAGCAUAGCGCACUUCAGUGAGUAAGACUGCACCUGAAGAAUGCGUCAGGAAAAGGACUUCAUUAAGAGCAAUGGAAUGGAUGGGCAUUGAUCUGUCUCCGAGACACCGGGGACCAGUUUUGUUCGAUUCUCCUGCUAUCACUAUCAAAUAUUGCAGCGUCCUUUCAGCUUGAUUGAGAUUCUCAGGGCUCAGUUCCUAGUAAGACAGAGAGAGAAUCUUUAAGAAGUGUAAGAGAGAAAGGUUUGGAUGCUCAGUCACUGCCAGAGAAGCUGAAUUGCCAAAGCUUACAGUUUUAGUUUGCUAGGGCGGAAGGCUAUCUUCCUUCCACAGAGUACAAAGCAUCAUAUAUUUUUUAAAAAGUUUAUUUGUUUUGGGUGAACUCAGAUCCUGUGCUUGAUGUGCGUUGUGAUUUUGAAGUUGUCAGUUAAUGUUUCCCACCAGGCCAUCAAUAUAUUGAUAUAGAUCAGACCACUUUUUGAAAGGUGUUUGUGUUUCUUUUUUGUAGUCAGUUUGAUCAAGAAUCCCUCAUUCGCACCGUUCAAGAAUUUCAAUGUUUUACGGGCCUGGAGACCAUCCUGUAUUUUAUGUACUCGCAUAAUAUCCGACAGUCAGGCAAACAUACUGUAUCCCAGUAUGUUCCUUUACCCAGUGAGGUGUCUUUGGUUAGAACCAUUUCUCUGCAAAACUGUAACAAGAACGAUACACUGACUCACAAGAAAAAGUGAAAUAAAAUCCAAACUGGAAGGUCUAACUGUCCCCAUUGUCCCCUUUACGAACUUGCCCUUGUAUAUAACUGGUGUCUCCUCAAUUGUCUUUAUCCGCAGUGUAGCAAGUUAAAAAUCAAGACAAUGGCACACAAGGCUGGUCAUUUAGUCGUCUUCUUUGUUAUGGCUGCUGUAGAUAUAGAGCAACAGCUAUAAUGUUACAUUCAGGUGGUUGAGCUGGAUAACUGGGUCAAUAAUGGCUGAGUGUGUCACUGGGAGGCAUCAAGUCAUUAGACAUUCCACAGUCUGUUCUAUUGGCCACAGUCACACUGUGGAGAGAUUUUACUUUUCCAUUUGUCCAUCUAGUAUCCACAGCUGCCUUGGUUUAGUGCAGAAAUGACUCGUUUUCGCAACUGGACAUGCCCUUAAGUUAGAAAUCAUGUUAUUCAAAUUAAUCGAGGAAUGUCAAAUAAUUCCUUGACAUGCCCAUGGUACUAAGCUGGUCUAAACAUGGUGUCUGGCCUGUUUUAAAACAACAAAGUUCAGGGUUGCGAAUGCAAAAGAAGCAAAUAGCAAGACAGGGCGAAAUGCUCCCUGCAAUAUUCUCCACUUGCUGAAGGGUUAUGAACAAAGAACACUUUAUCCACACAGCCACCUACUUAAAUUUGCCUGUGCAGUUGUAAGCUCAAGGAUCCCGAAGGGCUUUUGCGCACAUUAUAAUAACACCAGCCUUAUUGGUUAGGUUAUGUUAGAAACGUUUUUAGAAGUGUUUGGCCUGUUAGGUAGUUCUAGAUGUGCAUCUUCUGCCUCCCUGUGGCAGAUUUGGGUCAUUGCAGAAAUAGAGAUUUGUGAAAGGGAAGCGUUAGAAUUUCCCGGUACGGAAAUCUGAACUACUUCAUCGCCCUUUUGGAAAAAAAAGCAAAAUUUUUUAAAACUUGCAAAUGAUCCCAUUGCAUAGGUGAGAGAUUUUACUGACCCAAGAUUCUAUCUAUAUUAAAUUAUAUAUUAAGAUGAUUAAACUCGAGCACAAACUGAAUUCUACUUUAUUUUGAAGCCAUUUUAAAAUAAGAUAUAUAUAAAUGAUGUUUUUUAGAUUAUCAUUUUAAUUUUGUUUUGUUUUCUUUUGGUUUUCAAUGUUGUAGAGAAAGCAUCGUGUGCUUUUUUUUAAAAAAAAUGAACAAUGACGUGCCUUGUUUAAGUUGAAGAUUUAUUUUGUCAAUUACUUUACGACAUUGAGUUUUACUUUGAAUUUCACUAGUAUGUGUGUUGGAGAGGAACACGCCUGUUGUAUUAACAUUGUACAAACCGUAUACAAAGUCUGGUUGAACGCCUGAAUUAUAAUAAAUGCAUCUAUCUGCCUGUGGUUUGAAAAAAAAGUGUCAAUUGUAAUUCUCGGAUUUGAGGUAUUAAUUGUCUUAUAUCGUGUCCAAUGACCCAGUGUGUUUGUCACAGUUUUGAAAUUUCUUCAAAGCCUGAAAAAUAACCGAUGUAAAUUGUAAAAAAACAAAAAAUUUAGAAAGCCCCAUAAAAAUUGUAUGACUGUUAUAUUUUUAUUAAGUUAUGAAACUGUAUCGUAUUUUCAUUAUGUAAAGCUAUGCAUCUUGACGCUUCAUGCUAUUCUGUGCUCUAUUGGGAGUGAUUAAUGUUAUUAGGUGUGUUGUGGUGUUUGAAGAGGAUUCCCUUUCUUGUCAGUUUUAUCUACAAGAAAAAAACUUCAAUCUUAUAUACAGAGAGUUGGAAGGAGAGAAAAUUGUCCACUUCAUGUAUUCCGGGAAGCCAGUUUAUUUUUAUCUUUUAAAAACAAGGGACUACAUUUUCAGUGGAAUUCCUCCAGCGUCAGGCUGCAAAAUGUGUAUGUCCUGUUGAAUUCUGCCAAUGACUGUAUCAUAUCCAACAUGACAGGCAUGUGGUAGUAUUGUGCUUGACUGAUUGCAUUUACUGCCAUUGGCUUUAAAUA